CUAUCUUUCACGUAUCUACCACAACUUUACUUGAGAAAAUCACCCACACAACUCACAAGCAACCAACCAUGGCCGAUUCACAGAGAAGUAAAUCCAGCGCCUGCGUGGCAAACCGGCGGCAGCCCAGCCGCUUGCAACGGAGAGCACCGGCGUCCUUGCAGAUCAGCACUCCCGCUUCGACUUGGAACGUGGCCAUCCCGCUCCUGUCGCCACUUGCGGCGUCGCCGACUUCGCCGAAGUUGGUCACUGAUCGGACGGUGGAUAUGAGGUCGAGGGAGGAGUCGAGGCAGCAGUGCGCGGAGCCGGAGAAACUGGUGUCGUUCAAGAAGUGGCAGCACCCGGCGGCUCCCUUCUGCUACGAGCCGGCUCCGCGUGUCCGGCCGUUUGUACCCGUGUAGAGAGGAAUGGACCUCCCCGACCCUCCCGUCCGCCCAAAAAAGCAAAAGAACAGGAGAUAGGAAGAAUAGGAUUGUACGAUCGACAAAUAGUAUGCAAAUCUAACGGUGUGCGUGGGGAUGGGUUUUUCUUUUUUCAACGUUAACAUUGAUUUGUGUAAGCUGUACAAAGAAUUCUUAAUAUAAUUGGUUUCGCAAAACGAA